CACUUCUGAACCUGUAGACAGGUGUCCUGCUGGUUUGGGGGGAAAGCAGAUAUAUUAUUGUAGUCCCGAGGUGGUCGCUCUAUAGACAGGAUUGGUUGGUAACCGUAAACCUUAGCAGAGGGUCUCCUCAGGGCUGGAGCACGGGGGCAGAUAUUAGACUUCCUGUCAGUAAUCCCGUACAACACCACAGUCUGACAACAGCGAGCAGCAGCUCGCAUUCACUGCACAGACGGACUGUAAAUUGCUAUGAUAUCUCCGUUUAUUAAAUAUCUCGCCGUAUUGUCUAUCGCUACUUCAGGAGUAAGCCAGCCUAAUAACAGCUGCUGCGUCCCGGCUGUCACCUCGAGGCAGGAAGGGGUUAACCGCGUUACCUCUUCCACACAGGUCAUUGGGGGCGUGUCGACGUCUGCAGGAUUCAACAUCCGAUUGGCUACCCUUCCCGUCCAUCACGCGGAAUCUCCUCUCGCAGGUCCCUCUCCUCUUCUCCCAUUGGUCCGGCCUUCAAACUCCACCUUUCUUUUGCUUCCACCGCGAUGCCCGCCCACUUGUGCCCGCUUCCCACGAAGUAUUGGUUGGCCGUCAAUGAGUCGGCGGCUGUGAUUGGCUGCCGUUGCUGUCAGUCAGACGCGGCGUCAGGUGGCUGCUGGGGCUGCCCGCGUCUAGCAGUCUGUGCUUGCUGUGACUGGUCGAACUGUGGCGGAUUAGAGCCCUGUGGAUUGUUCUCUUCGCGACCUCGGUGGUCGCCGCCGCCGUCCUGCGUUUCUGUGGUGGAGCCUGUCACUUGCCAGAGCUAUUCCCGUGAGAAGCGCCAUCCUGGGGGAGGAGAGCAGCCGGGAUACCUCAGUGUGUGACUGUCAGAGGGAUGGUGUGGCCGGUGUAGCCUCCCAUUUAUCUCUCAGCCGUCUCCUGUGCCCCCAGCCCCUCCCUCAGCACUCACCUUGCCCCCGACUCGCCCCCUGCUUGUUGUCGGCGCGAGCUCCUGGCCUGAGCAGCUGUCAGUGUGCGUCCUGCCCCUGGACCGGGCUAGCCCCCUCUCUAUGUGUGUGCCAGGGGGGUGGCCUGUGCUCGUCCCUGGGUUGGUAGGGAUCUCUCUGCCAGGCUAGAGGAGGAUGUGGGAUGGAAGGGCCAGGUUGCCGUUUACUUCCUAAUUUGUGUAGUCUGUGGCACCUGGUAGCAGCGGGCUGGAGGGAGAAGUCAGUGCACCUCAGUUAAAAAAGAAAAAUAUGGAGUUUUAGUAUUUAUUAAGGAGGUGCAGUCUUUGGGGGGGUGGGGGGAGGGCGACGUUGAUUCCUGGGACAAGUUGGUAGCGGGUUAGUUGCUCGGAGACUUUGGUUCUUCUGGCGGUUGAGGCGACGGGGGCGCAGCUUGGGUGUAGGAUGAAAUAUCUUACUGGGUUGUCACAGUCCUGGUGAUCACAUCUGUAUGGCCCAGUGACAGGUGGAGCUGUCAGCAAGAAACAUCCAAGGGCAUUUCUGUGAAUGUCUCUUUGUAGUACCCCGGCCAAUGCAAAAAUGAUGGCGGCGUACAAUGGGGGUACGUCAGCAGCGGCUGGGGGGCACCACCACCAUCACCACCACCACCACCUGGCCCACUUGCCCCCUCCUCACUUGCAUCAUCACCAUCACCUUCAUCCUCAGCAUCAUCUUCACCCCGGGUCAGCAGCUGCUGUGCAUCCCGUGCAGCAACAUGUUGCCUCUUCCUCUGCUUCCUCUUCAUCCUCAGCUGCCGCAGCAGCGGCGGCUGCUGCAGCUGCUGCCAUGCUUAACCCUGGCCAGGCCCAGCCAUACUUCCCAUCUCCUGCUCCGGGACAAGCCCCUGGACCAGCAGCAGCGGUGGCACCUGCCCAGGUGCAGGCAGCGGCAGUGAAGGCUCAUCAUCAUCAUCAUCAUCAUCAGCACGCUCAUCAUGCUCAACAACUGGAUAUUGAACCUGAUCGUCCCAUUGGCUACGGAGCAUUCGGUGUAGUUUGGUCUGUAACAGAUCCACGUGAUGGAAAGAGAGUCGCUCUCAAAAAGAUGCCCAACGUCUUCCAGAAUCUAGUCUCUUGUAAAAGGGUCUUCCGAGAAUUGAAGAUGUUGUGUUUUUUUAAGCAUGACAACGUCCUCUCCGCACUUGAUAUUCUCCAGCCGCCUCACAUUGAUUAUUUUGAAGAAAUAUAUGUUGUCACCGAGUUAAUGCAGAGUGACCUCCAUAAGAUCAUCGUCUCUCCUCAGCCGCUCAGCUCGGAUCAUGUCAAGGUUUUUUUGUAUCAGAUUUUAAGAGGUCUGAAGUAUUUACAUUCAGCCGGCAUUUUACAUCGAGACAUUAAACCAGGGAAUCUACUUGUGAACAGCAACUGCGUGCUCAAGAUUUGUGAUUUUGGAUUGGCAAGGGUAGAAGAACUUGAUGAAUCUCGACACAUGACUCAGGAAGUUGUCACUCAGUAUUACCGGGCUCCUGAAAUCCUAAUGGGGAGUCGUCAUUACACUAAUGCUAUAGACAUCUGGUCUGUAGGUUGCAUCUUUGCAGAGCUGCUUGGGCGAAGAAUUUUAUUUCAGGCUCAAAGUCCAAUUCAGCAGUUGGACUUGAUCACAGAUUUGUUGGGAACACCAUCACUUGAAGCAAUGAGGACAGCUUGUGAAGGCGCCAAGGCACAUAUACUCAGGGGUCCUCAUAAACAGCCAUCUCUUCCGGUCUUGUACACACUGUCCAGCCAGGCCACUCACGAAGCUGUUCAUCUGCUUUGCAGGAUGUUGGUCUUUGAUCCAUCCAAGCGGAUAUCUGCUAAAGAUGCAUUGGCUCACCCCUACCUGGAUGAAGGGCGUCUGCGAUAUCACACCUGCAUGUGUAAAUGCUGUUUCUCCACCUCUACGGGCAGGGUCUAUACCAGUGAUUUUGAGCCAAUCACAAACCCAAAAUUUGAUGACACUUUUGAAAAGAACCUUAGUUCUGUACGGCAGGUAAAAGAAAUCAUCCAUCAGUUUAUUUUGGAGCAGCAAAAAGGGAACAGAGUGCCGCUGUGCAUCAACCCUCAGUCUGCCGCUUUUAAAAGCUUUAUAAGUUCCACUGUUGCUCAGCCGUCUGAGAUGCCACCAUCUCCACUGGUUUGGGAAUAGUUUGGAAGACGUACUACUGAAGGUGUCCCGUAGCUUUCCACUGGAGUCUGGGGAUUGCAAUCUUGAAGCUUGAUCAUGCUUUUACUAUUUUCUUAAUUAAGAUUUAACUUAUCAACCACUAAAUGUAAAAUCUAUAAUAUAUUUCAAACAAAAUGGCGUACUAGUGACUUUCACUCCGAUAAAAAUCAGUGGUUGUAUUUUAAGAUAAUUUAACCCCAAUUUGUUUUUGUUUUUUUGUUUUUUUAUUAAUUCUAAGCAGUUUUAAGGCUCAGAACAAAUUGACAACUGCACCAAAUUUUGUGGAAUAAAUCCCUUUUUUCUUUUUGCUUCUGUAGAGGUUACUUUUAACUAUUUUGUUUUAUUUAUAUGUUAUUGAAAGGAACUGUGCUAAUCCUUUUUAUACUGAGCCAUUCCUAAAACCUCCUCAUUUUAUGUUGAUACAAGCAAUUGCUUGGAAGAAAAUCGAGCACUCUCUGGAGACCAAUCAUGAAGUACUUCCCAAAAACAGGAGCAGACCACAGGAUCACCCAGUGUUCAGUCUCCAGCACUUGAUGGCUUCUUUGCAGCAUUGUGCUAGAGGAGCGUGUUGAUAUUUUGAUAUAGUGAAGACAGAAGGUUUGUGGUUAGAAUGAGUGCAUCUGUGACUAGAGGGGAUGGGACCCUUUGAUUCCUCCCCUAUAUAAAUAUAUAAAAUAUAUAUUUAAUCUAUUUUUCUUAGACUUCCUUCCUUUCUUACCUUUUCAGUCAUGGGCAUGCGUCAUUCAUUAUUCAUCUGUGUAAAUAAUUCCAUUGAUGGGCUUCUUUGUGAAGGUCCUUUUCACGUCCCGCUGUACAAAGGUGCACUAGCUGGCACAUUUUAGUUGUUUUUGUGAAAAUUUUUGGAUAUUUUUUUUUUUUUUUUUUUUGCACUGGACGGCUCCAACAUGAGGAAUGGCAGACAAAAACUGGGCUAGAACUGAACAUAGGGGCAGUAUCUCUAACUUUAUAUGUGUACUUAGGGAAGAGCUGUUGUGGACGUGUUGAAAUGUCACGGUAGAAUUUAUUUUCCAUUUUUUCUUAAAAUAAACACUGAAUAUUCUGUGUAUAUGUACAUACAAACUGAUGGCCUCUACCUCCUGGAGUUUACAGCUCAGCUUGUUUCACUCCAAAUUGUUAUUUUUAGGUUCAGUGUGCAGACUUUAAAACUUGAAUGUUCCUUCCAACUUUUAUAUGUAAGCAUUACAAUACAAUAAAACCAGAAGAUUGCUUUCACCUAUACCAAGAUGUUUUGAUGGACUAGCCUUGUAUGAAUCCAAGAAUAAUUGUUUUGAGGGGACGACAGAGGUAUUUGUAAUGGACUAUUAAUUGUUAAAGUUAUUGUAAUUUAUCUUUUAGAAUAAUAUUUUUAUCCUAAAUGAGCUGGAUUGUAAUAGGAGGAGACUAAAAUGUUUUUAUUUCUGUUUUUGGGUUUUUAAGCUUAUGGGAAGUUUUAACUUCAAUGAAGUAACUUGCUGUGAAAGACUGUAUAUUGGAAUUCCAAAUUUUAAGAGAUGGUAUGGUAUCUUUUUCUACUAUUUUUUUUUUUUUUUCCUGAAAGUGGCUCCUAACAACAAGCUCCAAAUGAAACAUUUCAACAAAGAUAUAUCUGAGAGACAGUUUACCAUCAAACAAAAUGUAUCACCGGAUGGAGUCAAAGUCCUGAAAGGCUAUAUCUAAAGAUAAUGGUCAUAUGAGACACUCAAUGGUCACUUUGUAAAAUGUAGAUUUUGAAGUAAAGUGGUGAAAACAUUAAAUGUGACAAUAAAAUCUUUCUUGUUCCUUCCUUUAA